AAGUAGGCGGCUGUAGCCCAAGAUGCUUCGGCACAUGAAGCUUCCCUCCCGCCUCUUAAGUCAUUCUCUGGCUCUUUGUUCAUUGUCGUCUACCUUGAAGAUAUUGCCUCUUCUCACGCAACUAAAGAUGACACUUUUUUUUUAAGAUUAAAAAAAGUAAACUCAGCUAAAGAACACCACCGCCAAAAUGGGAAGGUUAACGCGAACGCAAAUUCUCGCUGGCUUUCAAUGGUUAUAUAGCGCUGGAUUUUUUAAAAGGAUCUUGGGACAAUCACACACCCAAAGUUCCUUUUUUCCUCUUCUUUCUCCUCUGCUCAAUACCAUCUUGAACGUUCUGUCUUUUUCAUUUGUUACUUUCGUUAUCGUUGAGGGGAUAACUGGACAGUACUUUCAUUUUCCUUUUGCGGUCAGCAGCCAUGAUUAGGCGGGGCGUGUCAAAGAUUGCUAAUUGGCAUCUGGGAUUCAAGAAUUCCAGUUUCUUUCUCGUUGAUUGCCAAGUUCAAUCUUGUUCAAUAGGAAAUGACAAUUCUCUAGGUUCAAGUAGUAAUCAACUAGAUAAAUCAGUGCCUAGAGCAUAUGCAACUUCUUGUGCAGAGUUGUCAGAAAAUCUGCUGAAUCCUAAUUCUGUUUCUGAUAUGUUAAUUGAUUCAUUUGGAAGGAUGCACACCUACCUGAGGAUAUCCUUGACAGAACGUUGCAAUUUGCGGUGUCAGUACUGUAUGCCAGCUGAGGGUGUGGAGCUCACUCCCAGCCCUCAAUUACUCUCACAGAAUGAGAUUGUUCGUUUGGCAAAUCUCUUUGUCAGUUCUGGAGUGAAUAAAAUUCGUUUGACUGGUGGUGAGCCAACCAUUAGAAAAGAUAUCGAAGAGAUAUGCUUACAGCUAUCUAACCUGGAAGGACUCAAGACAUUAGCCAUGACAACUAAUGGAAUUACUCUCGCAAGGAAACUCCCAAAGCUGAAAGAAAGUGGGCUAACUUCUUUAAAUAUCAGCUUAGAUACGUUGGUCCCAGCUAAAUUUGAAUUUAUGACCAGGCGUAAAGGGCAUGAGAAGGUUAUGGAGUCAAUUAAUGCUGCUCUGGACUGUGGGUAUAAUCCUGUUAAAGUAAAUUGCGUUGUAAUGCGUGGGUUCAAUGAUGAUGAGAUCUGUGAUUUUGUGGAGCUGACACGUGACAAACAGAUUAAUAUUCGGUUCAUUGAGUUCAUGCCUUUUGAUGGAAAUGUUUGGAAUGUCAAGAAACUUGUUCCCUACUCAGAAAUGUUGGAUAUAGUGGCAAAGAAGUUCACAGAACCAAAGAGACUUCAAGAUCACCCAGCAGAUACAGCCAAGAACUUCAAGAUAGAUGGGCAUCUAGGCACUGUUUCCUUUAUAACAUCAAUGACGGAGCAUUUUUGUGCUGGUUGCAAUAGAUUGCGACUUUUGGCUGAUGGAAACUUUAAAGUGUGCCUCUUUGGUCCUUCAGAGGUCAGCUUAAGAGAUCCCCUUCGUCGUGGUGCUGAUGAACAUGAGCUUAGGGAAAUAAUUGGGUCAGCGGUCAAAAAGAAGAAAGCUUCACAUGCCGGAAUGUUUGACAUUGCAAAAACAGCAAAUAGACCUAUGAUACAUAUUGGUGGAUAAGACUUGGAUGAUGGGGUGAUACAGAUCAGAAGCUAGCCAUUUUCAUUCUCUUGCUCACGUGAUGUCAUUGUAAUUCAUCUACUCUUCUGCUUGCUAACUUCCUCGAAAUUCAUCAGAGGCAGCUACUGUAUCUAUAUGGCAACAGGCAAUCCAUAACUUAAAACAAUAAUAGACUUGAGGUUUUUAUAUCUGUUUCUAUAUGAAGGUUGUAAUAAAUGCAUUUUUAGUAAAAAAUGCAUAAUUUCUUUCACCCGUUUCUAUAUUGUGUAAGCUUAUAAAAAUUUACACUAUGAGAUACGGAUACAGAUACAGGUACAGCUCUAAAUCAAAGUGUAACCAUAGAUGUUUUUACUUAAUAGUUUGAAUGUUCUGUACUUAUGAAACUUUAUGUAGUGGAGUGAACUCUAUUCUAUUAGCAA